CUCUCUCGAUUUGUUACCUAGCUUCCUUCGCAGCUCAAUUCUGCAUUCUGUAACGGAGGUAAGCUUUUUACUCCACCCCUCUCCAAUCUCAUGAAUCGAGAAGAAUAUAAAUUGAAAUUAUCUAAUUAAGGAUUUCCUAUUUCAAGUGAUAAUCAAUCAAACGGACAGCUACUCGAUUGAAUCAGUUACGGUUUCGAUAGCGUUGGAGCUUGAGGUGAUUCAUUGUUAAAAGCCAACAUCUUGUGAGGAAGGGGGCGAAUAAUGGAAACAAACUCCACAAAUUGCAGUUUUGUAGUUAUCGUAGAUUAUUAUCCGUCUUAAAUUGGGGCCACGAUGAGUAGUGAAUUGAAUUCGAAUGGGGACAGCGCCCUAGUUUCGGGAGUUCACGAUGCUGCCGCCGCAUAUGUGAGCGGGUGGAUGUAUGUGAAUCAAAGCGGGCAGAUGUGUGGCCCUUAUAUUCAGCAACAGUUAUACGAGGGUAUAAGUUCUGGUUUCUUACCAGGGGAGCUCCCCGUUUAUCCGAUUGUCAACGGGAAUAUCCUCAAUGCAGUGCCCCUCUGCUACUUUAACCAAUUCCCCGACCACGUUGCCACUGGUUUUGUCUACUUGAACGCGAAGGAGUCUACGAGUGAUGCCCACGGCUCCAUCCCGAGCAACAGUGAUGCAGAUGAAAGCUUCCCUUUGACAGGAGAUGAUGAGUCUUCUUGGCUGUUUGAGGAUGGUGAGGGUAAAAGACAGGGACCACACUCGCUUAAUGAGCUUUAUUCCUGGCGUGAGUAUGGAUAUAUGCACGAUUCUGUGAUGGUGUAUCAUACUGAAAAUAAAGUUAAACCCUUGAAUUUGGCAACAUUGCUGAACACUUGGAGAAAAGCUAGGAUUGGAGGAGCUGUCACCACGUAUGAUAAUAAUGAUGAAGGAACUGGCUUAGCACUGAACUUGGUGUCUGAGAUUUCUGAUGAAGUUUGUUCACAUCUUCACUCAGGAAUUAUGAAAACAGCCCGCAAAGUUUUACUUGAUGAGAUAGUUAUGUCCAUAGUUUCUGAUUCUAUUGCCAUGAAGAGAACUCAGAAAAAUCCUAAGAUUGUACCAGUCAUUGAAUCUGUGAAAUCUGUUUCUUCAGAUGGAAGAGUGUUAGAAACUCACAUGCCAAAGAAAAAUGAGUGGCAGCCUGAAAACCCUGUCGAGAAGGACCAUGCCAUUUGGGAUGAAGUAGAAGUAGAGCAUACUGUUGAUAGUGAAAGAUGUAAUGGUGGUGACACCAUGAAACCUCCUCCUAGCAUGAAAUCAAUUGGUAGUUUUGAAAACUUUUGUGCUGCACAUGCAGUUGUUAGCAGGACGCUUUUUUAUUCUUGCCUGGAAGUCAUGUGGAAUGCCAUCUGUUAUGAUCCUGUAGCUGACUUUACAUCUUCUUGGCGAAGGAAAAGGCGCUGGUAUGAUCCUGGUUAUGUUGCUAGACAACGCUUUCACAAAGAAUUCUCCCAGCCAAUUGAGAAGCUACCAGCCGACUCUGACUCCUCUAGCUCUGAGGUAGAUUGCCCUCCAGGUUUUGGACCAGAAAGAAUUUCCGUGGAUAUAGAAGCAAAAUCACCAUCAGUUUCACAGCAUUCUGAAAGAGAGGAAUCUUCUAAUAAGAUACUGUCCCAUAAUACUUCUUAUGAUGAAAUUGGAGCCAUCUUGGAAUACGUAAUGAAUGAUCUUCACUCUUCCUCAAAGUUGUCAUUAGAACAUCACUUUGAAAGACUUGUGGAUGAGGAAGUGAAUAAAGUAAUUGAUUUUCCUCAAAAUAGUCCAAUUGAUGAGGUUGCUUUCUGCUCGUCACCUACAUGGUCAGAUGACCACCUGGGUUCAGCUCAAACUAAAAAGUAUCCAUUGCCUCAAACUGUUGCUCUCAGUCAUGAGGUUAUCAUGCCCAAGGUUGCAUUUCAGAAACUGCUUAUACAUUCAGAUGAUCCAACUAAUAUUGAAGUAGAUGAAUUGUGCCCAUGUCUAUCUGAAGAAGAUAGAGUAAUAAAUGGUCCACUAGACAUUUCCAGGGUGCAAUUUCAGCAUUUGCCUGUACAUCUUGAAAAUGCUAGCAAUGUAGCAGUUAGUGAUGAAUUGCGGCCACCUAAAUCUGAGGAAUUGACCGAACAUUGUGCUUUAUCACCAAUUUCUCAAGUAAAUGCGUCAAAAGUAGACGAGCACACAAGGAGAACCUCUUUGCAGGUAGCACUAAUGAUAAGCCGGUUAAGAAUAUAUGACUCUGUCAUGAGAACAUGGAGACCUUCGUAUUCUAAUGAUUUCAUUGAAAAAGCUAUAACAGUGGCAUGUUCUUUGAGAAGUCAUGAAUUAGGAAACAAUGGAUCUGCUGAUUGCAUGGAUAUAGAAAAAUCUUAUGGUGCUGGGAGAUUCUCUGAAGCAACGUUACUAACUGGAAAAUAUGUAUAUUCUCGGAGGAGUAAAUUGGGUUGUAAAAAGUCAGAACCAUUUUUCAAGGCUCUGAUUAAGGGAGAAGAUCGCCAUCCAAAACUGGCACCGAAAAAGUCAAAGAAAAGUAGCACACAUAAAAAAGUUGUUCAGGCUGCACAAGUUGACACUAUAGUUCCCAAUUUAGAGAAAAAGGCCUCAAAACCUGACACUGCUGUUCCUCAUUUAGAGAAAAAGGACUCAAAACCUGACACUACUGUUAGUAGACGUCGGGUAAAGGGAUCAGCCCGUCAUAUUCGCAGACAGGUGUCCGAUAAAGUUAUUUCUCCGCUUCAAGGCAAUAAGACAGAGAUUCCAUCCCUUUCUACUAAGGACCACUCUAACCUUGAGCAGAUUACAAGUGCCUCAAAAGUACCAAAAUCAAAUAAGCUCUCAAAACUUAAAAGGAAGAGUCUGAAUAAUCAUUCACAACAUUCUCGACCUGGUAAGGUCCAGAAACUAGCAAAUGGCACUCCAAAAGAAGCCAUGCCUAAACAAGUUGAGGGGCACCAGACUAAGAGAAUUAAGACUAGGACGCCGAGACCUUGUCCACAGUCUGAUGGCUGUGCACGGACAUCCAUAAAUGGGUGGGAAUGGCGUAAAUGGGCUUCUGAGGCUAGUCCAGCUGAAAGGGCUCGUGUAAGAGGAAAUCAUAUCCGUUCUCUCUAUAUUAGUUCUGAAUGUAAUGGAAAUCAUUCAUCCAGUGUUAAGGGACUUUCUGCAAGAACAAACAGGGCCAAGUUGCGCAACCUUCUUGCUGCUGCAGAGGGUGCUGAUCUUCUUAAAGCAACACAGUUGAAGGCGAGGAAGAAACGGUUACGUUUCCAACGAAGUAAGAUACAUGACUGGGGUCUUGUUGCACUGGAGCCAAUUGAGGCAGAGGACUUUGUUAUUGAAUAUGUUGGAGAACUUAUUCGCCGUAGUAUAUCUGACAUACGAGAGCGCCAAUAUGAAAAGAUGGGAAUUGGGAGCAGUUAUCUUUUCAGAUUAGAUGACGGAUAUGUGGUUGAUGCCACCAAACGUGGAGGGAUUGCUAGAUUUAUAAACCAUUCUUGUGAGCCUAAUUGCUAUACAAAGGUCAUAAGUGUGGAGGGGCAGAAAAAGAUCUUUAUAUACUCAAAGCGUCAUAUCACUACUGGCGAAGAACUCACAUACAAUUACAAGUUUCCAUUAGAGGAGAAAAAGAUACCUUGCAACUGUGGUUCUAAAAGGUGCCGUGGCUCAUUGAAUUGAUGCUGGAUUGAAUAUUUUACUGGUGUGUUGUAACCAUCAAUGACUGGAAUAACUUUGACAGUCUUCGCUUACUUGGGGCUAUCCCAACUGUAACUAGUGGUGGCAUUUACUUCGGGAAAGUCUUGGUCAUGAACUGCUUCAGCAAGGAUUACUCGAGUUGUGUUCCAGGUCUCCAUUUGCGUCGGUAGUCAAAAAUGAUGAUCACUACCAACUCAACCCAUGUGAUUAUUCUUGUAGAUAUCUUGCAGAUGAGUUUCUCCUCUCAAGAACUGAAAAUUUGUUGUUCUUUUCAUUUCUUUCCGCAACAGUUUUGGGAUCCAAUGCCUUGUACAAAGAUACUGGUAAAUUUUCAAAUAUUCCAUAACUUAUACAAAGUAUUUUUUUGGUAAAAGUUUGAUUAUAUUCUGCUAUAUAUGGGCAGUUGUGCUACAUAAUGCUAACAAAAUUUCUAAUAUAUCUGUUGAAACAGAAAAGAUAGUCUGAAAUUAUACAAAUCAAGUAAAUUGCCUGUUUUUAUCAGCUCAUUCCCCUAUCAAUCUCUUGCAUAAUAUUUCUCAAAGAAUUUCAGUCACUAAGUGCAAGAUCUUUGUAUGACUAGUGACUCCCUUUUUUCUAUGGAUAGUUGAAAUUUGCAUGAGUCCAGCCACUCUUCAAUUUUGACAUUUUCCCUCGGAGUUACAGAUGAAGAAACUGAUACCAAGAGUCCGGCCAAUUUCAUACCGUAGGCUACUUGCGAUGAAUUGACACAUUUGGGAGAAAGAAGUAGUCCGCUUACAUGCGCAACUCCUAGCAGAUUUUUUGUCAAGACGUGCUGGGCUAUCCAUCAAAUGCUUCAAAACUUGACUAUGAAAAUACUAUAUUUUCUCAAAGAACAUAAAUCAUCACCCUCAAUAGAGUCAGUUUACAUGAGAUGAUAGUUGGACUAAUCGUAAAAUGGAGAAAUUUGAUUCAUCGAUGACUUGUGCCCGACCUUAGCUCAACUGGGAGAGUGAGGAAUGAAUCGCUGCAUCAGGACUUGCCACCUGAUGUUGCUGCAUCCUUGGGUUGCCGGUUCGAAUCCGGCAGGUCGGAAAAGUUUUCCAUAUCAUACUGCAUUUGCAAAUUAUCUCUAUGUAUAAUAUCACCCUUGUAGUAGUAACUUUCUACCAACAAAAAGAAGCAAAGUGAUUUGAAUUUGACAGUGAAUUUCAGUUAGCCGUAUUUAGCAUCUUUUAAAAUCAA